AUGCCACAAACAGGCGGCAAAGGCCCUGGUCUCUUCUACGUGCGCUCUGGCAUUGCCCCAUCAGCAAAAGAUGUUCUCUCUGAAGCCACGUUUAUGAGAUGGUACGAGGAACAUGCCGAAGAAGUUGUAGCUAAAUCUGGCAUCGAUUCCUUGUUUCGGUCAGCGUCACUCCACCAAUUUGACCGACAAAUUUUAUUAAUGAAUGAUGUAUCUAGAUAUAAUGCAACUAGUAAAAUUAGCGCGUUCGAUGGAUCAAAGCCCUUCCUGACAUUUCCUGUGUUGGAUGACAUCGGGUUCCUCCUGUCCGAAGAGUUCAAGAGUAUCAGUCCGACGAGCGAAAUUUUGCCUGGCACAGGUAACGUGUUUGACCUGGUUGAGUUUGACGGCAACCAUUUGGCUUUGAGGCAAAACUUGAUGAUCAAAAAGGGGAGUAAUGAGCCAGCAAAGAGCAUCGUGACAGUGGAGAUCCAGCCGCCCACAGGCCUUGAAGCAGAUGAAGUCAGUGCUUUAUUAGGCAAGCAGGUAUCCCGACUGAACGGGGGAUCAGGAUACACCGGUAGCCUUAUUUUCGAGAGUUGUUUCUCCUUCGCUAGUGCAGGGGCCAGGAAGCCGGAGGGUGGUCAAAUGGAUAUGUGGCACGAACCACCGUCUUGGGUGGCAAUACAUACAUUCAGUGGUGCUGUUGGCGACGACAUGGUCAAGCUGAUAGAGCUGGAUCUGCAUGAGAUGCAUGGAAGUACUGGAAACAUGCACAGUGAGGUUAGAGCGUGGAGUCUUCAGGGAAGUUUUGGAGAAAAAAAGUUGUUUGAGUAG